UGGCAACGUCUGCUGAUUAACUAGUUUGAACAGAGUGGCAAGACUAAUUUUAAAAUAACUUGAAUAAUAUUGGAAUAUACAUUUCACGGCGUGGAUAUUUCAAAGGUCCUGCUGUGGUCACACUGAACUGCUGUGCAAUAACAAAAUAUUUUUCGAUUGCACCUGCUAAAAGUGCAAUUUUUGAGAUGCAGCACACGCUUAGACGCUGCUUGGGCUUGGCCCGGUCCUCCCUGACGCGUCUGCAGCCCAGGGCCAUAAGUGCCGUCUCCAGAACACAGGAAACGGGCGCCAUCUCGAACCCCACACAGCCGGCCAGGCGGUCGUACGCUUCGCUGCCGCAGGAGCAGGACAAGAAGGAGCAGGAGGCCCGGGAAAGCCCAAACCGACUGCCUCGCCUCAUGGACUUCCCCGAGAUCGUGUGGCCCUCGGCGCUAAACACCCUCAAGAACUGGAUCACCAUCCAGUUCAUCAUCCGCCCCUACUUCGACAGCGAGUUCCAGCUGAAGGACUUUAUAUACGGCGCCAAGCAAGCCCUGCAGGUGGUGUCUUCAAGACUGAUGGGCGGCGACCUGGACUCGCUGGACAAACUAGUCUCGCCCGAAGCGAUCGCGGAGCUGCGGCCUGUGAUCCAGAAGCUGUCCAUGGCCCAGCGAAGACAGCUGGAGAUCAAGGAGAGCGACAUCUACCUCAGCUUCCCCUACCAGGUGGGCAUUAUGUUCGACGAGGCCAACGACAAGCUGCAGAAGCGCUUCGUGGAGAUCACCAUGGUGUUCCACGUGAUGCGCGGCCUGUCCGAGAUGCGGGAGCGCGGCGAGGAGAUUCCCUGGAACAUGGGGACGCUACCCGAGUACCAGGACAAGGUGUUCAUCUGCAACUACCGCUUCGUGAAGGAAUUCACUGCCGGACAACACUCGGAUUGGACCAUCAAUGUGGCCAACCAGUUCCGGGCCAUCGACCUGAUCAAUGAGACAAAAUAACACCUGCUCAUAGGCUCCCAUCAGCCGCCUCAGUUCGCCGCCACCUA